AUGCGGCUUUCCGGUGAACCGUACAUAAAUCAUCCCGUUGAAACCGCAUUAUACCUGGCAGACUUGCAUCUGGACUCCACGACGAUAGCUGCCGCUUUGCUUCAUGACGUCAUAGAGGAUUGUGACGUUUCCCUAGAGAAGGUGGAUGCUGAGUUCGGGGCUGAGGUUGCUCACUUGGUCGACGGUGUUACCAAGCUCAACCGCCUGGGUCUCCGCACGUCUGAUAUUGACGAUGGUGAUCAGAGCAGGUCUGAAGGCGGGAACCAGGCCGCCAGCUUGCGCAAGAUGCUGGUUGCAAUGGCCCAGGACCUAAGAGUUGUGCUCAUCAAGUUGGCGGACCGUCUUCACAACAUGCGCACUCUGAAGUACGUGCCCUUGGAGCGGCGGAUUGCUAUUGCACAAGAGACCCUGGAUAUCUACGCACCUCUUGCCCAUAGAUUGGGUAUGUGGGAUAUCAAAUGGCGCCUGGAAGACAUAGCUUUCCAGCAGCUUCAACCGGCGCGGUAUCGCGAGAUAUCCCGGCUUUUGUCCAAAACGAGAGACGAACGAGAACGCCACAUAGGAGAGGUGCGCCGAACACUGGAGCAGGCACUUAAAGAACACGGGAUAAAAGGUCAAGUUACAGGCAGAGCCAAGAGUAUCUACAGUAUUCAAAUUAAAAUGCAGGCUUAUGCCGCCCAGCGCAAGGACUUCAACGACAUUCACGACCUGUUUGCUCUCCGAGUCCUCGUAGACGAAAAGAGCGAGUGCUACACUACCUUGGGCGUGGUGCAUGCGCUGUGGACUCCGCUUCCCGGACAGUUCGAUGAUUACGUGGCCAAGCCUAAAGAGAACCUGUACCAGUCGCUUCAUACAACCCUGAUGGGUCCGGGCGCUAUGCCGCUUGAGGUGCAGAUCCGGACCCAUGACAUGCAUAGGCUGGCGGAACAUGGCGUAGCCUCCCACUGGCUGUACAAGGAGGGGCUGAAUCAGACCUCCGUGUUCGAGCGGAAGAUGACCUGGCUGCGCCAGCUUCUCGAUUGGCAGCGCGAGGUCUCCGGCGCAGAAGAGUUCCUGGAAAAUGUCAAGACGGACCUCUUCCCAGACCGGGUCUUUGUAUAUACACCAAAAGGAGACGUCAAAGAGCUGCCCGCCGGCUCCACGUCCAUAGAUAUGGCCUACCACGUGCACACGGAGCUGGGCCAUCGGUGUAUUGGCGCCAAGGUAACCGGCAAGCUGACUGCUCUGGAUACCCCGCUGCAAAACGGCGAUACGGUGGAGAUUCUCACCAGCAAAGUGGCUCGAGGCCCUAGCUUGGACUGGCUGAACCCCCACGCGGGGUAUGUGAGGAGCGCUACGGCUCGCCAGCGCAUUAGACUAUGGUUCCGUAGACAGGAACGGAGCGAAAACGUAGAACGCGGCAAAGAGCUGUUGUCUCGUGAAUUGCGCAGGCUGGACGUAACGCCCACUGCAGAAGAGAUAGCCCGCCUCUUUCAUAAGGAUUCGGUGGAAGAGCUCUUCCAUGCACUGGGAAGCGGCGCCGUAACCGUCAACCAGGUGACAGCCAGGCUUACUGCAAUGGCACCCCAUCAACCGCCCAGCAUUGACUACAAGGUUCCCGUCACAGGCCCUGCUUCCGGUAUUGAAGUGCUAGGGUUGGGAAAUCUGUUAACCCACAUUGCACAGUGCUGCUCGCCGCUUCCAAAGGAUGAAAUAAUUGGCUACGUUACGCGCAAUAGAGGCGUCUCCAUUCACCGCAAGGGAUGCAAGAACGUCAUUUCUGAGGACGAGCCCGAGAGAAUAAUCAAGGUAGAUUGGGGUGAUAGGAAGAAUCUGUACCCCGUCCGGCUGGUGAUGGAGGCUUGGGACAGGUUGGGUCUGCUCAGAGACGUGACUACCUAUGUCUCCGGGGAAAAGGCGAACAUUGCUUCGCUGGUGACUCGUGAAACGGAAGAGGGGAUUGCCAUAAUGGAGCUAACCGUGUUUACAACUGACGUAAAUCAGCUGAGCAGACUGUUCACAAAGUUGGAAGAAGUGCAGGGGAUGAUCAAGGUUAAUAGGGUGAAUCUCAAUAAAUCGCCCGAUGCCCAACCCCUGGAAGCAAAAACCAAGAAGACAGUCCGCAACAAGACGGCCAGAAGCUCGGCGAAAAACGCCGUUACGGAAGCCAAGCGUGCCCUGGAUUCCAACAGUAGAGACCAGGCAGCCUCCGCGGUUGCCAGGGCUGAGUCUGUGUUGGACGUGGGAGUAAGAAAAGGGGUAUUGCACCCCAACAAUGCGGCCAGGCGCAAAUCAAGGCUGGCCAAACGGCUUGCCCGGAUGGCUUAA